AUGUCAGAUAGUGAUUUAGAAGAAAUUUUACAAAUGGAAUACUCUCAAGAAAUUGAUCAAAUAUCAAAUGCUUCUCAAUCUGAAAAGAGGAAAAAAUUUGUGGAAUGUCAUAUAAAUUAUGAUAGUAGCUCUGAAGAUGCAGAUGAAAUAACGGCUAGUAACAUUACCUCUUCAAGAAGAUCUGGAUUCACGAAAAGAUGGCCAAAAACUACAAAACUUGAUGUUAUUGGCGGGCGAUAUCCUACUCUAUCAUUUAUUCAUCCGUUAAUGGAGGUGAUAAAAUUUAAGUAUGCUCCAAAUUUAGAUGAAGAUAACUAUGAUAAUGAUAAAGGUUUUCAAGAAGCAUUUAAUUUUGAUUCAGAAUCUGAUUUAUCUGAAGAAGAAAAUGACAUAUCCGUUAAUAUUCAAGAAAAUCGAUCUGAGAAUAAUCCUGAAAUAAUUGUAAAAAAGAUACAAAUUAUUAUUUACAACUCCCUUUUUGAAUAUUGGGACUAUCCAUCACAAAUUUGCCUUCUUGCGACAUUGUUAGACCCCCGACUGAGAAAAAUGACCUUUGCAAAUGAUGAUGUUCAUAAUCAUACUAUUGAAGAAUGUCAUUCUCAGCUUCGUCAAUUGAUGCCACUAUCUGAAGAAUAUCCUAUUUCAUCCAACCCCACAAAUAUUUCUUCCAAUAAUAUGUUUAAAAACAUUAUAUUUGGUGAAUCUCAAAAUUCACAAGAAUCUAUGGACGAAUUAGAUUAUUACCUUGAUUUUAGACAAACUCCAGCAGUUUCUAAUGAUUUUGACCCUCUUUUAUGGUGGAAGCAGCAACAAUCUCGAUUCCCAAACCUUUCUAAACUUGCCCAAAAAUAUCUUGGUGUUCCUGCUACUUCAGCCCCCAGCGAACGUAUUUUCUCUGAUACUAGAAAUCAUAUUUCCCUUCGGCGUUCUAACUUAAAACUAAGAUUGGUUUCUCAAAUACUAUUCCUAAAAAGAAAUGAUAAUUUUAUUAACAUGUUUCCUAAUUCUCAUUUGUAUAAACAAAAAAAAAAUAGAUUUUUAAAGAAAUACUUAUCACACAAGAUUUUACUCGCCUGA